AUGACUACGGAAAAAGAUUUAAUAAAUGCUGUACGAGAUUCAUUAGAAGCUGAUGGAAAACUUGGAUGUAUUAAAGCUGAAAUGCGAAGUGAAGUGCUUAAAUUGUUGGACCAUUCAUCAAAGUCAAGCAGAACAAAUAAAUGCGAAAUGCCGAGUGACGUAUUGCUACUAAACGAGCUAAUCAGAGAAUAUUUUGAUUGGAUUGGUUACAAAUAUACUUUGAACGUUUUUAUGUCUGAGUGUGAUUCUAAAAAACAGUCAUUAGACCGGUCUCUGGUAGCACAAAGUUUGGGUAUAGAAGACAACGAAGGAACAAAAAAGCUGCCACUACUUUUUUGCCUGACUGAAACAUUUAAAAAACUUAAAAAUACUUGA